AUGGAAAUAGAAGAUAUGAAUUUGGAGGAGAAUCAGAAUCUGGAGGAAAAUCAGAAUUUGGACAUGGUAUUGGAACCUAAGGUCGGAACAUUAUUCAAUUUUGAAGAUGAAGCCAAGGAAUGUUACAGUACUUAUGCAAAAUCAAGAGGUUUUGGUGUAGUCAUAAAAUUCUCUAAGAAGCGUGACAAUGGGGUAAAGACGAAUAUAUCUUAUGGUUGUCAUCAAAGUGGAAAGCCUAGGACAAUGGCUUUGAAUCCCGUUAAGGCCCAUCCAACAACAAAAAUAGAAUGUAAAGCCGGUAUGAAUAUCUCUUUACAAGUUGACGGAAAGUGGAUGUUGAAUUCAAUUGAACAAAAUCAUAACCAUGAAAUGGAUUCGGAAAAAGUGAAAUAUCUUAAGUGCUAUCGAAAUAUCCCACCACAUGCGAUGAGGGCAAUUGAAUUGAACACGGCAGCCGGAAUCACAUUAAACAAAAUCAUUGCCUCAUGUGAGAUCGAGGCAGGGGGGCCUAAUAAUCUGAUGUGGACAAAUAAAAAUGCAAGGAAUCACAAGGAUAAACAAAGGCGUUUACAGCUCAAAGAAGGGGAUGCCGAAGCAAUGCAUAAGUACUUUGUCAGAAUGCAAAAAGACAAUGGUGACUUCUUUUAUGUCAUUGAUCAUGAUGAAGAUUAUCGAUUACAGCAUGUCUUUUGGGCCGAUGCUAGGAGUACGGAGUUAUACAAAGAAUUUGGUGAGGUGGUCACCUUUGACACCACUUACCUUAUUAACAAGCACAAUAUGCCUUUUGCACCAUUUUAUAGGGAUUCCCACCGUAAUGCCAUCAUUACAGACCAAUGUAGGGCCAUGCAAAACGCGAUAAGUCAAGUUUUUCCAAAUGCACGUCAUCGUCGGUGUUUGUGGCAUAUCAUGAAUAAAGUUCCUGACAAAUUUAAGAGUUACGACCAGUAUAAGCCGAUUAAAACAUCCCUCAAGAGUGUUGUAUAUGAUUCCUUGAAUCCAAAGGAGUUUGAACAAAAUUAA